AUGCCGACCCCUCCGGCCUCCGCAGAUGCUGCGCAUAACCUCUUCAUCGCGUCGAUUUGCCGUCGCUGGCGGCGUCUCGCGCAGAGGUGUGUCACAGCGCUGCUCGUCAAGGAGGAUCGCGUCGUGUCUCAUCGCGACGUGCUCAACGCCGUCGCUUGCUUCCCGAGCCUGACCCAUCUGCAUCUGUCGGACGGAAGUGUUGAAACGCUGGACGACGCGUUUCUAGCUGACCUCGCCCGUUCUUGCCCUGGGUUGAGAGCGCUGCACGUGGGGAAGCUGAUUGAAGCGGUGGGGCUAUACAGGAGGAAUGACCGCGUGAUUACCGAAUCUGGCUUGGAUUUUUUCUUCCGCCACUGCCCUCAACUGGAGCAGCUGUCGCUGCAGUGUCUUGAGGAAAACCUGAACCCACCAGCUUCUUUCUUUCAGCUUCAACAUCUGAGCGCCCUCUCCUUGACCACUCCUUUCAUCCUAAAUCCUCUGAAUCUCAGCUCUCUUUCAUAUCUCACUGCAGUGUCCAUUGAAACCUCCCCCCUUCACUACGAGCAGCUUUCCACCCUCCUUCACCUCACCAACCUGACCCACCUUUCCUUGCCUUCGAUUCGCCGUGCUUCACCAAAUCCGCCUGCCUUCUCACUCGCACAGCUACCCUCCCUCGAGUCGCUCAAGCUCGGACUUUGGGAUGUAGAUUUUAGCGUUUUCUUCCCUCUUGGAUCUUCGUACAGGUGCUUAAAACGGCUGCAAGUUAUGAGUGGCUCCACCCCACAGGCGGACGGGCUCCCAAACAGUAUAGGAGAGGUGCUGCCGCGCCUCCAGGAGCUCAGCAUCAGUAGGUGCAGACGCUUACGCGAUCUUACCGACCAGCUCACCUCCCUCGCCUGCCUGGAGAGAUUGACCAUUACCUCAUGCAACGUGUCCACUCUGCCUGACAACUUUGGGAAUCUUCCAGCCUUGAAGGCUCUGGUGCUGCACUGGCUGCCACUUCUCCGUCUCCCUGUGUCCUUCACCAGACUCGCGUCUCUGGAGACAUUGCUUCUGGUUGGCUGCGAGAAGGUGGAGGAGCUACCUGCAGGGUUUGGCUGCCUCACAGCACUCCGGACUCUGAGCCUUGCAGAUGUGCCCACCCUGCACCUUCCAGAAGACAAGGGCGGCCUCACCAAUCUGCACACCUUUCAUCUCAAGAGAAACGGGCAAGGGCAGCUGCCAACUUCAUUCACGCAGCUGGUGUCGCUGACCAGGUUGGAGCUGGAUGGGUGUGAGAUUGCAAAGCUGCCAGAAGGCAUGGCAGCGAUGACAAACCUGCAGGAGAUAUACAUUCAGAACUUCUCGGCCUUGAAAGAGCUUCCGGAGUUUCUGACGGCGCUCGUCAGUCUUCAAGUGCUGAGGAUUCAAGAGUGCUGCAGCCUCUCCUCGGUUCCUCGAAGGCUGGACAGCCUCACCAGGCUGAAAGAGUUGGAGCUGAGGGAGUGUCGGCUGCUAAUCGAAGCCCCUGAGGCUCUGCCACUCAGUUUGCAGGCUCUAUCUUACACGAACAAUCGACAGGGGGCAUCUCUGGCAGACAUUGCAACACUUGCAACACUCACAGAGCUCAGGAAAUUGUGCUUGGGCAUUGUCAGCGCAGCAUGUCUUGAGGCCAUCGGUACCCAUCUCUCUCGUGUGGAGCACCUGGAGCUGAUGCUGGGAGACGAUGCAGGGGUUUCUUUGUCCGCGUUGACAAGGCUUCCCCGCCUCCGCACCUUGGCACUCGGGAAUGUCCGCAGUGUGAACAGGCUGGUGGAAUCUGAUGGCCCGGCAUUGCAGGAGCUACGGCAGCUGAACAUCCACUUCACGCGUGAUGAAGUCACAGAGCUGCCUGCUGCCAUCACCACUCUUCACCACCUGACAUCCCUUGACAUCUACGCGCCAUGGUUAUCUUCCCUUCCGGAUGCCAUUGGGGCAUUCUCAAGACUGCGCAAGCUGGACUUGUCACAGUGCUUAUCAGUCACGCGUCUUCCUGCUUCCCUCACGCAGCUCUCCUGCCUGCAUGAGCUGAACGUCAGCAACACCUGCAUCCGGCUGCUUCCUGCUGGCUUUGUGCAGCUCAGCAGACUCAAGAAGCUUGACAUCUCUGACAUUGCCAACAUUCUGCCCUUCCACCUGAAGCCACUUCACCCGGUUCCGGGCUCUGGAGAACCUGAGUACGCCACACGAAGAACACAUUGCCACCUGCUGUGCCCUUCCAGCUGA